AUGGUGGACUACUACGAGGUGCUGGGCGUGCCCCGCCAGGCCUCUUCCGACGCCAUCAAGAAGGCCUACCGCAAGCUGGCACUCCGGUGGCACCCCGACAAGAACCCUGAGAACAAGGAGGAGGCGGAGAGGAGGUUCAAACAAGUGGCCCAGGCUUACGAGGUGCUAUCGGACGCCAAGAAGAGGGACGUCUACGACCGACAUGGCGAGGCGGGCGUGGAGGGCCGCGACGUCGGCGGCGGGCCCUGCGAGGACCCCUUCGAAUACGUCUUCACCUUCCGCGACCCGGCCGAGGUCUUCAGGGAGUUUUUUGGUGGCCGGGACCCAUUUUCAUUUGACUUGUUCAGAGACCCGCUGGAGAGCAUUUUCGAGUCGGAGGAGCUCCCGGGGAAGCAGAAGCAGAGGUUCCUCGUCCCUUUUCUCCACCUUCAGUGA